CAGCAGCAGCAGCAGCAGCAGCAGUGCAGUGGCACUCCGGCAGUUCCAUCUGACACAUCACUGUGUUCCAACAACAAGUCAAACUUUAUCAAACUGUUUGGAUGUAGCGUUCUUCUUAAAGUUAAGUGGUCAGGGUCGGUGAGCCAGCGUCGUGAUUUACCCUAAAUCUGGUGACGCCUAAUUACCAUGGAAACAGUGGCAGUGCUGAUGCUGAGAGACUGGAAGUAUCUGUGGUAACUUCAGCAUCCACCUCUUUCACAGAGCUCGGAUAAAGCCGUUGUUGUCACUCAUUAUCUCUUCGGUCGGGUGACUUGAUUGAAAUUUGGCCACAAAAGCAGGUACAGAUGAUGGAGCUUCAGACUGAGAAGAGAUUCCACAGUUUGACGCUUGAACAAGUCCAAGCUCUGGACAAAGUCUUGACCGAGGUAAUCCCGAUCCAUGGGCGAGGAAAUUUCCCCACACUGCAGGUGAGAGCAAAAGAUAUAAUUCGAGUGGUAAAAGAUCGGCUGCUGGAAAGAGACAUCCAGGUGAAAGAUAUACGUCUCAACGGAGCCACUGCCAGCCAUGUCCUGGUGAGUAACAGCGGUCUGGAAUACAGAGACUUAGACAUCAUAUUUGGAGUGGAGCUGCCCAGACAGGAGGACUUCCAGGUAAUAAAGGACGUGGUGCUGGGCAGCCUUCGAGACCUCCUUCCUUGUGGAGUAAACAGACGGAAAAUUACUUGCCUGACAAUGAAGGAAGCCUACGUGCAAAAAAUGGUUAAAGUUUUCAAUGAGCAUGACAGGUGGAGCCUUAUCUCGCUGUCGAACAACAGAGCUAAGACUGUUGGACUCAGGUUUGUCAGUUCCCUUCGCAGACAGUUUGAGUUCAGCGUAGACUCCUUCCAGAUAAUAUUAGAUCGCAUGUUAGAGUCCUACUGGGAGACAGAAAGGAAACAAGGAGGAAAGUUGGCAUCGAAACCCACUAUCACUGUGGAAGCUGAGUGCAUGUACGGAGACUUCGAGCAGGCAAUGGAACACCUUCGCCACCGUCUCAUUGCCACCCACAGUCCAGAGGAGAUCCGAGGAGGGGGCCUGUUAAAAUACAGUGACCUGCUGGUAAGGAACUUCACACCGACCAGUGAGACAGAGAUCAAGUCCCUGGAGCGAUACAUGUGCUCUCGCUUCUUCAUCGACUUCCCCGACGUGAGCGAGCAGCAGCGGAAAAUCGAGGCCUACCUGCAGCACCAUUUCAUUGGCAACGAGGAGACGAGCAAGUACGACUACCUGAUGACCCUGCGGCGCGUGAUAGACGAAAGCACAGUGUGUUUGAUGGGGCAUGAGAGGAGACAGACGCUCAACAUGAUCACAGUCCUGGCUCUGAGGGUGCUGGGCGAGCAGAACGCCAUCCCCAACACUGCCAAUGUCACCUGCUUUUAUCAGCCUGCUCCUUACAUGACUGAGCCCAUUUACAGCAGCUACUUCAUCGCUCAGGCCCAGCCCCCACUGGUCUACCACCCCUACCCUCUGCAUGUCCACAUGCAGACUGGCCUGGUCUAG